AACUUAACAUUAUAUUCUUAUAUUUGGUACGACCUUACCAAUGAACAGCCUUGGCUGUUUCUGUCCUCUCCCUCCUCUUCUUCAUAAACUCUGUCCUCCUUGCUAACUCUUCCUCAAAAACCAUCUCCUUCCCUGCCUCUUUCUACCUACUACAUAAUUAUACCGUAAUUUUCAUAUCUUGAAGAGUACAUUACCAUGUUAGCCAUGCCAAUGCCUCCUUCUGAACAUGUUUCAUCACUAAGCCAAACAAAGCAUGAGAAUGAACGAACUCCUUUGGUGUUUGAUGGCCCAGUUCUACAGUACGAGUCCAACAUACCACCCCAAUUCAUAUGGCCGGACGACGAAAAGCCAUGCUUCGAGCGACUGGAGCUUCUAGUUCCUCCCAUUGACCUGAAAGGCUUUCUCAGUGGGGACGCUUCGGUUGUCUCAGAAGCCAUUCGUUCAGUCGAUGAGGCAUGCAAGAAACAUGGAUUCUUUCUCAUUGUGAAUCAUGGAGUUGAUUUCCAACUAAUAGCUAAAGCUCAUGAAUAUAUGGACACAUUCUUCAGAAUGAAACUCGCGGAGAAGCAAAGGGCUCAGAGAAAGGUUGGUGACAGCUGCGGAUAUGCUAGUAGCUUCACUGGCAGGUUUUCCUCCAAGCUUCCUUGGAAAGAAACACUUUCUUUCAGAUACUGUGCUGAUAGCAAGUGCUCAACAAUUGUCAAGGACUAUUUCGUGAAUGUCAUGGGUGAAGAUUUCGCAGAAUUCGGGAAGGUGUACCAAGAAUAUUGUGGAGCCAUGAAUAAUCUCACUAGUGGGAUAAUGGAGCUACUAGGAUUAAGCCUAGGAGUUGGCCGAGAGUAUUUCAAAGAAUUUUUCCAAGGAAAUGAUUCCAUAAUGAGGUUGAACUAUUAUCCAGUAUGCCAAAAACCAGAUUUAACCCUAGGAACUGGUCCUCACUGUGAUCCCACAUCCUUGACGAUCCUGCAUCAGGACCAAGUCGGUGGCCUUGAAGUAUUUGUAGAUGAAAAAUGGCAUGCAAUCACUCCUAUACGUGAUUCCUUUGUUAUCAAUGUUGGUGACACAUUUAUGGCUCUAUCAAAUGGGAUUUACAAGAGCUGCUUACACAGAGCAGUUGUAAACAACAAAACCGUAAGGAAAUCACUUGCUUUCUUUCUUUGCCCAAACAAAGGCAAAGUGGUCACCCCACCAACAAAUUUGGUCGAUACUGAAACACCAAGGCUGUAUCCUGAUUUCACUUGGCCUAGUCUACUAGAGUUUACACAGAAGCACUAUAGGGCAGACAUAAGAACCUUGGAUGCUUUCUCUGAUUGGAUUUCACGCCAAAGCAACUAAACCCAGGAAACAAAUAUGGAGGUGUUGAUAGUGCUUUUGGUGGUGCACAAGGAAACUAGGUAGCCAGGUGCGGAUCGGAACAGAUGGAAUUAGGUUGUUUGUUAUCGUGGGAGAGAAUCAUCAUAUUGUAAAUGAAUGGAACAAGAAAUUCGGAGGAAUAAAUUAAGUAUAGGGCUCCAUAUCUUGUUUUUAAUUUUUAAUUUUAUGUCAAUUCAAGCAUGAAUCAUUGUACUUAUAUAUACUUUCUUGACCACUAAAUGUAUCGAACUUUCACAU